CUUCGGUUUCUUGUCUGAGUUCUCGGGCAGAGAGACGCCGAGCGAGACCCAGCAGGAUCGAAUGGACGAAAGGGUCUGUUGCUGGAAGGGGGGAGGAUCGACUUAAUGUCGGGCUGCUUCCCCGCAGUCUGGACUCCACUCGCUCAUUCCCAACUGAUGCCUCAUAUCGCGGACUCCGGACUUCUCUGCGGUUGACCUUCGGCAGCUCGGAGAAUGUCCUACCUACAGAUUUGGAUCCACUCAUUCUUCGAUCACAAAGCUGUUGAUAAGCUGUGAUGUACAAUGGAAAAUGUCACUUAUUUAUUCGACUGGAAGGUCAGCCUCUUGCUGGCUGACGCUCAGAAAGACGACUCCGACGAAACGACCCGCGGCCUCUCUGUAUCUUUUCUCGCUGGAUUCGAUCCUAGAUCACGAUGUCUCUUGCCCAGUCACAUUAUAUAAUCCAACUGCCCAAGACACCAUCGGUCAUCGGCGCGCUGGAUCCCCGAGGCAUCGUUCAGCGAUGGCUUACCAACUUGGAGGUAGUCCUGACCACGGGCUCUUUCCACCAACUCUCAAGUCUAUUCCACGAAGAAUCUUGGUGGAGAGAUAUGCUGGCGAUGAAUUGGGAUCUGCGCACGAUACAGAAUCGUGAUCGGAUACAGGAUUUUCUGGCUCAGAAUCAGGCCCGGGCUGGCCUGUCUGCCCUUCGUAUACAACACGAGGGCAAAUUUCAGCCCAAGCUGGAAUCUCCAAUAGAAGGGUUGAGAUGGAUCACCUCCAUGUUCUUUUUCGAGACGUGUGUGGGUCAUGGAACUGGCGUGGUUCGACUGGCACAGAAUGAAGCCGGCGAAUGGAAGGCAUAUUCAAUGUGUACGACGCUGCAGGAACUGAAGUCUUUCGAAGAGCCCCUGGGUCUACGCAGAGCACAGGGCACCAUCGAAACUAUGCCUGGUGGUCUCAGCCAGGGAAACUGGCUGGAACGACGCCAGAGAUUAAGCAAGUUCGAGGAUGAGGAACCUAGAGCCUUGAUAAUUGGCGCUGGACAAUCCGGUCUCAACAUUGCCGCUCGACUUCAGUCUCUGGGCGUGUCUAACCUUAUAGUCGACCGGAACGAAAGGAUAGGUGACAACUGGAGGAAGCGUUACAGGACUCUCGUCACCCACGACCCUGUCGAGUUCACUCACAUGGCUUAUCUCCCGUUUCCUAAGAACUGGCCACAAUACACGCCGAAGGACAAGCUUGCCGACUGGUUCGAAGCAUACGCCAGCAUCAUGGAGCUCAACGUUUGGCUGCAAACCUCGAUCAAGUCCGCUACCUACGAUAACACCAAGCACGAAUGGACCGUGGUCGUGAGUCGCGGUAGCGGGGAGGAGCGAACCCUUCACCCACGCCAUCUGAUAUGGUGCACCGGCCACUCAGGGGAGCCUUUGGUGCCGACCUUCUCAGGCCAAGGGCACUUCAAGGGCACCAUCUACCACGCAAGCCAGCACGACGAUGCAUCCUCCCACGACGUCCAAGGGAAGCGGGUAGUCGUUGUAGGCACAGGCAACAGCGGCCACGACAUCGCCCAGAAUUAUCACGAAAACGGCGCAGAGGUGACCAUGCUCCAACGCCGCGGCACCUACGUUAUCACUGCCGAAAAGGGGGUUCUGAUGAUGCACGAAGGGCUCCACGAAGAGAACGGUCCCCCCACCGAAGAAGCAGACCUCAUAGCCGAAAGCCUCCCCUACCCCCUUCGCUUCGCCCUCGACGUCCACUUCACCAGACGAGUCCAAGCCGCCGAACACGACCUCCUCACAGGCCUCGAACGCGCCGGCUUUGCUCUCGACCUCGGCGUCGACGGCGCCGGCAUCCCGCGCGCCUACAUGACCCGCGGCGGCGGAUACUACAUCGAUGUGGGCUGCAGCCCCCUCAUCGCGGCCGGCCAGAUCGCCGUCAAGCGCAGCCCAGAGGGUAUCUCCCACUUCACGGAGCGAGGCAUCACGCUCAAGGACGGCUCGACGCUCGACGCGGAAAUCGUUGUGCUCGCGACGGGGUAUGACAACAUGCGGACGACGGUCCGGAAGGUCCUGGGAGAUCGGGUGGCCGAUCGACUCAAGGAUGUGUGGGACUUAGACGAGGAGGGCGAGAUCAAUGCUAUGUGGCGCCCCAGCGGCCACCCCGGGUUCUGGUAUAUGGGCGGUAACCUGGCGCUGUGUCGCAUCUACUCGAAGUUUUUGGCGUUGCAGAUCAAGGCUGUAGAGGCGGGGUUGGUGCAGGCGAAGCUGUGAGCUCUUCUGUACUAGAACCAG